UCGCCAAACUGCGCCAGGGCACAAGACAGUUUUCGGUUUAAUUUUUCCACAGUUGUUCGUUUCUUUCUUUUUUGUUGCGCUGGAGCUCAUAGUUAUUCCCAUUUCUAGGCUUCCUCCAGCCGUCUGCAGAAAGUUUGCACCGAAGUCAUAUGCAUCUGGGAUGGCAUGAGGGUAAAGAGUUCUUCAACAUUUGAGUUUCUUUCUUGACAACAGCAAGACAAAGCUAUCUGAUCACCUCAAGCCUGUGGAUUUCUUCUACCUCUAGUGAUAACGUCGCGGAGCAAAGAGACAGCGAAUUAUUCAGGCCAAUCAGGAGGAAAGCAGCAGCAUAAACGGACAUUUUUAAGCACUGUCUCGUGAAACGAAUCCAUGGGGAAGCAGAACAGUAAGCUCCGCCCUGAGGUGAUGCAGGACCUGCUGGAGAGCACAGACUUCACGGAGCACGAGAUCCAGGAAUGGUAUAAGGGCUUUCUACGGGACUGUCCUAGCGGCAACCUCUCCAUGGAGGAAUUUAAGAAAAUCUAUGGAAACUUCUUCCCUUAUGGUGACGCCUCGAAAUUUGCUGAGCAUGUGUUCCGUACUUUUGAUGCAAACGGCGACGGCACAAUAGACUUUCGGGAGUUCAUAAUUGCAUUGAGUGUCACGUCACGAGGGAAGCUGGAACAGAAGCUCAAGUGGGCAUUUAGCAUGUAUGAUUUGGAUGGAAACGGAUAUAUCAGCAAGUCAGAGAUGCUUGAGAUCGUGCAGGCGAUUUAUAAAAUGGUGUCAUCAGUGAUGAAGAUGCCAGAGGAUGAGUCCACACCUGAGAAGAGAACAGAGAAGAUCUUCAGACAAAUGGACACCAACCGAGAUGGGAAACUGUCUCUGGAGGAGUUCAUCAAAGGGGCAAAGAGUGACCCAUCCAUCGUGCGUCUGCUACAGUGUGACCCCAGCAGUGCGGGACAGUUCUGAGAUCUGUGUCUCAUGCUUCAUUUUAUUUAUUUAUGGGUUUUAAUUUAGUUUUUGAUAUAGUCACACCUUCCAAUCGCAAGGAAAUGAAGGGUCCAUUCUUUUUCCAGAGCAGGACAUCUGGGUCCCAUCAGACUGAGCAUGGCCAGAUAUAGACACACACACACACACACACACACACACACACACAGAGAUAUUGGCGGUAUUAUCUGUAUAGGGAGCUGCACCAAGUCUGCAGGCCUGUGAUAGGAGCAUCUAUCUGAGCUCCAAUCACUUCCUGAUUAGGAAACAGGUUUCAUAUGUUAGAUACAUAGUCAAGAAUGAUUUCUGAUUUCAUUAGUUUUAUUUUAGCAUAUAUUUUCUUAAGUUUGACCAAGAAAGGAACAUUUAGUAGUGAUUAAAAAGAGGAACGAUUUUUCAUUUAUUGUAUUUUUAUUUUAUUUUAUUAUCUGAUGCCUGAAUCGUUCUUCUAAAGAGAAAAAUCUCUUGUCAAUGUCUAACAGUCAAACAGGUAACAGUAGUGGCACUUUAGUUUUUGUAUUGAAAACAUCUCAAUGUUAUUUGAAUAUUGGGGUACUCAAUACAGCACUUUAAAGUCCUUGUCUCAGCCAAAUGAAUUAUUGGCAAAUCACAGUAUUAUUAGCACACUGGACCAAUCAAUCAGGCAUACAGAGCUUUGUUAUUGUACACAGAUACAACAUUUCCCUCCCUAUAUCAAGAGCCUUAUUUCCUAGUGCAGGAAGCGCACAUCAAUUUUGUGUGGAAUAGUUCUGUUUUAGUAUGACAAAGUCUACUGUUUCUCUUUUUCCAGUUUUCUAAUAUUUGCACUCUUGUAACUAGGCUUGUAUAUAAAUAUAAAACAUGAAAUGUCCAGCAAGCAUGCAAAAUUGCAGCAGUCAGUUUUGUUGACGUUUUUAGUAAAAGCAUGUACAGUAACACCAAUUUUAUCUGCAUUUGUGGACCAGAGUAUUUGUGUAAUUCGUAUGCAUGUCGUGUGCAUAUGUGUGUGGUUAAGAUCAGUUGCAGCCCUGUUUGCACAUCCUGGUUAAGUGUUGUGAUGACUUGUUUGCAUUAUUGCAGAAAGUAGGCUAAGAACGUUUAAUAAAAAAUAUAGCUUUUUUUUUUUUUUUAUUCAAGGUUAGUAUGAUUUUAGAAUAAAUUUUAUUUGCUAUACAUAACUGGAUUGUACACAAACGUCAAGUUACUGAAUUGCCUUAUACACCCACACAAGUGUUUCUGUUGGUGAGUGAUUUUUAAAUGGCUUUGUUGCUUUUUCUUUAAUCAAGCUUCAAUUGCAUUCAAUUUGCUUGCAUCUGAAAUGACCUCCUACUGAAGAGUUUCGCUUUAUGCUCUUCCCAUACACGUUAACAUAUUGAAUAAGGCAUGUAAUUAUGUUGAUGCCUGUUGUUUAAUAUAUUAAUCUGCCAUGCUAAUUAUUUGAUACUCAUUUAAAAUCAACAUGUAAUUGGGAGUAUGACCCAUUUUUCUUCAAAUAUCCCAUGCACUCCUGUGCUUCAGUUUUACUUUAUCACUCAAUGCAGAACGAGGGAAUUCUACAAUAGAUUAUUAAAAUUCUAAAAGUUCUCAUCUUUUGUUCUGCUUUCAGUAAGCAUGAAGUCUGAAGUCACAGAGCAAUUCUACUCCUGCCGAUAUUCAAUGUUCUUGAAUGUCUCUGCAAAUAUCUCACCACAGUGCAUUCAGUUCUGCUCUACUUUUAAUUAAACCUUUUUUUUACUCUUUGAACAACUGCUGUUUUGUAAAAAAAAAUUUUUUUUUUAAAAAUUGAAAUGUUAGAUCAAAAUGCAAUGUUUUAAAGUUUUAUGUAUUUUUUUUUUUUUCCUUUUUUUUUUUUUUUUCUUUGAAACAUCUGACGUACAUUUCUGUAUCACAAUAUCAUGUGGUCAGGUGCCAAAAAUAUGAACGCAGUAUUGUAUAAAUUUAUACUGUACAAUUGUUAUUUGUCAAACAAGUUGUUUGUAAUUGUUGCAUUUUGUAUGGUAAUCUGUAUUUUGUGACUAGAUUUAAGAUAUAGAAAUUUGUUUUGGUUUGCAUAUUGAGCAGAAAUUAAAUCUUGAGA